AUGUACGUAGAGUUCAUGCAAAAGUACAAGGAACUGCGACAUAUGAUGCUUGCACCAGCGCCAGCUGAGCCACAACGAGGUACCUGUUACCUGCCGCAUCACGGGGUCCUGCGUCCGGACAGCACUUCCACUAAGCUGAGGGUCGUGUUCAACGGCUCGAGCUCCUUGCCGAACGGGGACUCUCUCAACCAAUUUCUUCUGACUGGACCGAAUCUGCUUCCUGCGCUGGCUGACAUCCUGCUGCGUUGGCGACGCCACAGAUACGUCUUCGCUGCCGAUAUCGAAAAGAUGUAUCGGCAGAUCCUAGUGCAUCCGGACGAUCGAAGCCUGCAGCGAAUCCUGUGGAGAGACGACUCUAAGAACGACGUCCAGGAGUUCUGGCUAUGCACGGUCACUUACGGGCUCUCAUGCGCCCCGUAUCUGGCCAUCCGUACCUUACGCCAACUCGCCGAGGACGAAGAGCAUCGCUUUCCGAAAGGCGCCGACAUCCUGCGGAGCGAUGUCUACAUGGAUGACAUCCUGUCCGGUGCCAAGAAUCAAGAGGAAGCAGAAUCUAUGGUGAGGCAGCUGACAAAUAUAUGCACGGCGGGCGGGUUCACACUAAAAAAGUGGUCUACAAACGCCUCCUACCUGCUGAGCCUCGUGGAACCGGACGCGCGCCUGCAACAAGAGGCCAGAUGGUGGCUGCCCGGCGAGAGUCAUUCCACUCUCGGCCUUCGAUGGCAACCGUGCGACGACCGCUUCGCCUUCGCCACCCACCGGAUCACUCUCUCAGCGGUCACCAAAAGGUCGGUCCUUUCUUUGACGGCCAAAUUAUUCGAUCCACUCGGCUGGCUGUCUCCAACGACUGUGCUGGCCAAAAUCAACAUCCAGGCUACCUGGCUACUAGGUCUCGACUGGGACGCGUCUCUGCCAAGCGAGGAAGCCAGAAAAUGGCUGCGAUUCCAGGAGGAGCUAGCGGCAUUGGAGAAACUAGUCGUGCCUCGUUGGUUAGGAGCCCUAGCUGACUCCCAUCAAGAGGUUCACGGAUUUGCCGAUGCCUCCGAACGUGCCUACGCCGCAGUCAUCUACCUGCGAACAAACACAAACGGAGUUAGGAGAGUGACUUUAUUAGCUGCGAAGACCAAGCUCGAUUGGUCGCCCACGUCGUGCCUCUUAUUGGCGCAGAAAAGGCGCCUCUCCAUCUGUGGUCGGAUUCCACCGUGA